UUUUAAUUGAACUCAUCGCCCCAGUUCCCGAUCUUUUUUUCUCAUUUUCCUCGCUCUUAUCGCCACUCCACAAAAUCACAAGUUCUUUACUUUUUAGAUCAGUUUUAAUCUAAUUCGUUUGAAUUUUGUAAUUUUUCUUGAUUUUAGAUAUGGGUUCCUCUUCAAUGCUUUCUUUAGCUACUACUGUUACUCCAAUUUCUUCUAAGGGGAAGAUUAGGCUUGGUAAUGGCAAUGUUGGUGCUCGGUUUAAUACUAAGAAGAAGAUUAAUCCUUUCAUCAGGACCCAGUCUUCCGGGAGGAUUACUAUGACUGCUGCUGUCAAUGUUUCGCGUUUUGAGGGUAUAACAAUGGCGCCCCCUGAUCCAAUUCUUGGAGUAUCAGAAGCUUUUAGAGCUGAUAAUGAUGCGAAGAAGCUCAAUCUUGGAGUUGGGGCUUACCGAACUGAAGAGCUACAGCCGUAUGUGCUUAAUGUUGUUAAGAAGGCCGAGAACCUUAUGCUCGAGAGAGGUGAUAACAAAGAGUACCUCGCAAUUGAAGGUCUGGCUGCAUUCAACAAGGCUACUGCAGAGCUAUUGUUCGGAGCUGAUAACCCAGUGAUAAAUCAACAAAGAGUUGCAACAGUCCAAGGUCUUUCAGGCACUGGUUCUCUUAGAUUAGCUGCAGCUCUCAUUGAGCGAUAUUUUCCUGGGGCAAAAGUUCUGAUAUCAUCUCCAACUUGGGGUAAUCACAAGAAUAUUUUCAAUGAUGCUAAAGUCCCAUGGUCUGAAUAUCGAUACUACGAUCCCAGGACUGUUGGUUUGGAUUUCGAGGGGAUGAUAUCAGACAUAAAGGCAGCCCCAGAAGGAUCAUUUAUUUUGCUUCAUGGCUGUGCUCACAACCCAACCGGUAUAGAUCCAACCCCUGAACAGUGGGAAAAGAUUGCUGAUGUCAUUCAAGAGAAGAACCACAUUCCAUUUUUCGACGUGGCAUACCAGGGAUUUGCUAGUGGAAGUCUUGAUGCUGAUGCAGGAUCAGUUAGGCUGUUUGCUGCACGUGGGAUGGAGCUUCUGGUUGCUCAAUCAUACAGCAAAAAUUUGGGUCUAUAUGCGGAAAGGAUUGGAGCAAUCAAUGUGGUCUGUUCAUCAGCAGAUGCUGCAACUAGGGUCAAGAGCCAACUGAAAAGGCUUGCACGGCCAAUGUACUCAAAUCCUCCAGUUCAUGGGGCUAGAAUAGUUGCAAAUGUUGUUGGGGAUCCGACUCUCUUCAACGAAUGGAAAGAUGAGAUGGAAAUGAUGGCUGGAAGAAUUAAAGGAGUGAGGCAGAAACUAUACGAUAGUCUUUGUGCAAAAGAUAAGAGUGGCAAAGAUUGGUCUUUUAUACUCAAGCAGAUCGGCAUGUUCUCGUUCACCGGCUUAAACAAAACUCAGAGUGAUAAUAUGACAGAUAAGUGGCAUAUUUACAUGACAAAAGACGGAAGAAUAUCUCUGGCUGGAUUAUCUCUGGCGAAAUGUGAAUACCUUGCAGAUGCUAUUAUUGACUCAUACCACAAUGUCAGCUGAAUCGAUGAUGGAGCUUAAGAUAUACUUCAUAGUAGAAGCAAAUCAUUGAAAUUUUUUGGUGAGUUCAAUGUUUGACUUGAUUUUAGAAUCUUGUAAUAAAUUUGAAGCUGCAAUGUCUUCGGAAAACGCUUGUACUGAAGUUUUAACUACCCAACAGUGCCUUACACUUACAGGUUGAUAAAAGGGUUAUUUGCAAUUAAAAGCUCAACUUCUCACCCA